CAAAAUUGGGUACUGCAGCCUGUGUUUAAACAAAUGAGUGACUCAGUCUCUGAUGAGAAGUGAAGAAGAGUCAUCCACAAUGGCUCAGGAUGGGUGUAGUCUGGAUGAAGAGUGGGUGAAGAACGAGUGCCUGCAAAGCUGGCGAAGGACUGUGCCAGCAGUACACAGAGCCUGGCAGCCUUGAGCUGUCCACCCACUCCAGUCUGAGGCGUUCAUGGACCCUCUGGCUCCUCUGUCUUUAUUACUUAUUUGGUGCUCUGAGAACUUUGUGAACUCUUCUUCUUGGAGUGGGAAGGGAAAGAGGGACGAGCAGUUGAUGGGAUGCAGCCCGACUGCAGCAGCAGGCUCAUCUGGAGACGGCGUUUGGACUUCCAGCUGGAGAUAAUCCCCCCUCCCCGGGCCAUGACGAGGCAAUGCCUUUGGAUGCCCCUGGCUCUGCUGCUCCUCUUAGGGCUUGCAGACCUGAGCUUUGGCUCUGCUGAUGAGCACGAGGAUUACUACAUGCAGGAGAUGCUGACAAGAGAACACUACAAUCAGGUUCAAGUGCCAGAGACGCCCAUUACCUCACCACCUGAUGGUCAAGGACAGCCAAGGCGGAGCGAGACAAUGCCUAAAGGGAAAGGAGAAAGUGACAAGAAGGCAGAUAAAGGAAUUGCUCCUGCAAAGUCAGCACCCAACAAAAAGAUGGCGAAAAGCAAGAAGAACACCCUGAAGGAUUCGAACAGCGCAUCUGAAGGAGUUGGACAGUUCACCUCGAUAAAAGAGGAAUGCCCCCCAAUAGGACUGGAGACAUUAAAGAUCGAUGAUUUCCAGCUUCACGCUUCGUCCACAAAACGCUACGGCCUCGGAGCGCACAGAGGUCGCCUAAACAUUCAGGCUGGCCUUUAUGAAGAUGACCUGUAUGAUGGGGCCUGGUGUGCUGGGAGAAAUGACCCCCUUCAGUGGUUUGAGGUAGAUGCCAGGAGGCUGACAAGGUUCACCGGGGUCAUCACUCAGGGCAGGAGCUCCCUCUGGUCGAGCGACUGGGUGACAUCUUACAAGGUCAUGGUCAGCAACGACAGCCACAGCUGGGUAACCCUUAAGAAUGGCUCUGAGGACUUGAUAUUCCUUGGAAACAGAGAGAAAGAAAUCCCAGUCCGGAACAUCUUCCCUUCACCUGUGGUUGCCCGAUACAUCCGGGUCAAUCCAUGCUCCUGGUUCCACAGCGGCAGCAUCUGUAUGAGAGUGGAGAUCCUUGGCUGUCCUUUGCCAGAUCCAAAUAAUUACUACCACAGACGUAACGAAAUCAUAACCACUGACGACUUGGACUUCAAGCAUCAUGGUUACAAAGAGAUGAGGCAGUUUAUGAAGGUGGUUAAUGAAUUGUGCCCCAACAUCACCCGGAUCUACAACAUAGGAAAGUCACAGAAUGGCCUCAAGCUGUAUGCAAUAGAGAUCUCAGACAACCCAGGAGAGCAUGAAGUUGGCGAACCAGAGUUUCGUUACACUGCAGGUUCCCAUGGUAACGAGGUGCUGGGACGAGAGCUGCUCCUCCUGCUGAUGCAGUUCAUGUGUCUGGAGUAUCUUUCUGGCAACCAGCGGAUUCGUCAUCUGGUGGAAGAGACCAGAAUCCAUCUCCUGCCAUCCGUCAACCCCGAUGGGUACGAGAAAGCCUUUGAAGUGGGUUCUGAGCUCAGCGGCUGGUCUCUGGGCCGAUGGACCAAUGAUGGAAUAGACAUUCACCACAACUUUCCUGACCUCAACUCCAUGCUGUGGGAGGCUGAGUCCAAAAAGUGGAUUCCUCGCAAAAUGGCCAACCACCAUGUGUCCAUCCCAGAAUGGUACCAGUCGGAGAAUGCCUCAGUUGCCUUGGAGACACGUGCUUUGAUAGCGUGGAUGGAGAAAAUGCCCUUUGUGCUGGGUGGGAACCUCCAGGGAGGGGAGCUGGUAGUGACCUUCCCGUAUGACAGAACUCGCUCCCAGGGGGUGGCCAGGGAGCAGACCCCCACUCCUGAUGACCACGUCUUCCGCUGGCUGGCCUUCUCCUAUGCAUCCACCCACCGACUGAUGACUGAUGCCAACCGACGGGCCUGCCACACAGAAGACUUUGCCAAAGAAGACGGGACCAUCAACGGAGCGUCCUGGCACACUGCAGCCGGAAGUAUGAAUGAUUUCAGCUAUUUGCACACCAACUCCUUUGAGCUGUCGAUGUAUGUGGGCUGUGAUAAAUUCCCUCAUGAGAGCGAGCUGCCGGAGGAGUGGGAGAACAACCGCGAGUCUCUUCUUGUUUUCAUGGAGCAGGUGCAUCGUGGGAUUAAAGGUGUAGUCAGGGACCUUCAAGGUCGAGGAAUAGCCAACGCCGUUAUCUCUGUGGAGGGCAUCAACCACGAUAUUCGCACAGCUGCUGAUGGGGAUUACUGGCGCUUGCUGAACCCUGGAGAGUACAAAGUCACAGCCAGAGCUGAGGGCUACAGCUUCACCAGUAAGAAGUGUGAGGUGGGGUACAAGAUGGGCGCCACCAGGUGUGACUUCACCAUCGGCCGCACCAACUUGUCACGGAUUAGAGAAAUCAUGGAAAAGUUCAACAAGCAGCCCAUCAAAUUACCAGUGAGGCAGCUUCAAGCUCGCAGAUCCAGAGAAAGGCAUCUUGGGACAUCAUGACUUUAUGAGGAAGUCAGGGGAUGAAUUACAAGCAAGAAUUUGUUCUGAUGAAGACUGGGGUAGAGUCCAAGCUCGACUUUGGACCUGCUUCAGAAUCCUUUAGAGUGCUGUCAGAGGAAUUAGUGCUCGGAGACUCAAAACCUUAAUAGAAUCAAAUGAAAGCUUCAUGUGAUCCAUGUUUGAUUAUGUACCUUGACAUGUGUUCUCUUUGUUUAUCAUUAUUCACUUCAAUGGUAAACAUUCAAAUAUUUCAUUCUGACAAUAGCCAUGUUUAACUGUGUCUCAAAGAAAAAUUAAGAUGUGUGCGCUAAGUGCUCACAAUGGAGUUAACACAUUAAAAGCACACCAGAGCCUGUUGUUAUAAUGGAAAUAAAAACGAUUGAUGUGAAGAUUAUUGCAGCCUGUUUGGAACCGCUAUGAAUGUCGUUUGUACAUAGUAUAACAAUGUAAAACAGUUAUGUGAGUGGUUUAAAAGCUUUCUUACCUGCGCGUGUUUGAUACAUUAUGCUUUCAGUUUUUAAAUAAAAGUUGGAACAAACAAAGCCACGUUUAAUGGGUUAAGCCUUCUCCUGCAGCUCUGCGAGGGAGAGACGCAUACGCACUGACAGAGACAUUUUGCUUUCAGCCUUCUGUGUCCCCUGGGAAGUGUUGCCCAGCUAUUCCCCGCCAGGACAGCAGAGGAUGUUGCGUUCAUCAGGGAGCAGUCCCAUAGACAUCACAGUCAUGUGUGCCAUGAUCUUCCUGGAAAAAGCCUUACCGCGAGCUGAAUAAUGGCGAGCAACACAGAGAGAUUUUUAAUCGAACUGGAACCGCAUGAUCUGAAAAAGAAAAAAAGGCUUAUCUUGCUUAAACAACUGCAAGAGCGCAAAAGGAGACAGCAGGGUCGGCGGAAUGCUCGGCCAGUAAAUACCACGAGUGAAUUUUUAGGGCUUCUAGGACCUUUGAGGGAUAUGGAUGAGGAAAUGCAUUUCAAAUAUUUUUGCAUGUCAGCUGACAGAUUUGAUGAGUUGGUUUGUUGAUUGGAACCACUCAUACGGCACCAGGGCACACGUAGCCUGGCCAGCCAGACUCUCUCUGUUUAAUUCUGCACAGAGACUGAAGUACCACAGCACAGAACAGAGGAGAGUCUGGCUGGCCAGGCUAGGGCACACACACCAUGCCUGUGAAUGUUGCACAGAGACUGGCCAUGACUCUACGUGUGUUGGCUUCAGGUAGUAGUCAGCAGGCUGUAGCUUCCAGCUACAAAAUGGCAUCCAGGACAGGGUUGACUAUUUUCCAGUAUCGUUUUAUGAUGGUGGACCUCAGAAGUUAUGAAUGGAAGACUGAUGGUGGCAUGUUUACCCCUUUAUAGAGCCAAUGUCUAUAUUUAGACACUUCCACUCACAUCAUAAAUGAUGUCGGUGUGCCUUUUCACAAACUCUUAGAAUUAUGGGAUUUUACCCAAACAAUCAUCAGAGAUCAAGCUAGUCACGGUUUGCGCCAUGGCGCCAUUCCACCAAUCAGUGCGGGGCUAUAAGGCGCCAAAUUUUGGUGGUUCUGCAGAGCCAGAAAACUGCUCGGUCUCCUCGGUCUCCUAACAAUGCUUGGUUUAUGAAACUCUCACAUCACAAAGUAGACUACCGGUAGUUGUGCUAAACAAGGAUAAAUGUGUUGUAAAUGUUACACUCAAUGAAAAUGGUGAAAUCUUAGCAUG